AUGGCACUCCACAGAUCGCUCCUCGCGGCCGUCGCCCUGCUCGGAGCCACUGCCCAGGCUGCGGGCGUCUCUGGCAAGGCCUUCGGCUUUGCAACUGGCACCACUGGUGGUGGCAGCGCGGCCCCUGCCGCUCCCAGCGACACGGCCGAGCUUACCAGCUGGCUGACCGACAGCACUCCCCGCACGAUUCUCAUCGACAAGGAGUUCAACUUCCUCGGCUCCAAGUGCACCAACUGCAAGUGCUGCAAGCCGGAUUCCAACACCUGCGGCAGCUCGGGCCAGAAUGCCAUUGACCUGGACUCCUCCAGCUGGUGUGGUGACUACCCGACCCUCACCUGCACCUACGACAAGGCCCCCAUCGAGGGCAUCGACGUUGCCUCGAACAAGUCCAUUGUUGGCGUUGGAAGCGCUGGUGUCAUUCGUGGCAAGGGCCUGCGUAUGCGCAACGGUGUCAGCAACGUCAUCAUCCAGAACAUCCACAUCACUGAGCUUAACCCCCAGUACAUCUGGGGUGGUGAUGCCAUUACCCUGGAUGGCUCCGACCAGAUCUGGAUUGACCACGUCAAGAUCUCUCUGAUCGGUCGUCAGUUCUUUGUCGCUGGCUACGAGGCUAGCGGCCGUGUUACCAUCUCUAACAGCGAAUUCGAUGGCCAGACCAGCUGGUCUGCAAGCUGCGAUGGCCACCACUACUGGACUGUUCUUGGCUACGGCAAGAACGACAAGGUGACCUUCGCUGGCAACUACAUCCACCACACCUCCGGCCGCUCGCCCAAGCUCGAGUUCAACAGCUACUGGCACGCAUACAACAACUACUGGUACAACAACACCGGUCACGCCUUCGAUGUGGGCAAGGGUACCAACGCUUUGAUUGAGGGCAACGUCUUCAACCAGGUCGACACUCCCUUCCUGGACGACAGUUCCCCCGGCCAGACUUAUGCCGUCGACUCCGGCGACAAGUCCUCCUGCGAUUCUGCUCUGGGCCGCACCUGUGUCGCCAACAGCCUUGUCUCCUCCGGCAAGCUGUCUGCCUCUGACUCUUCUGUCCUCUCUAGCUGGCCCAAGGGAGAAUCGGGCAUCUCGGUCGUCGAUGCCAGCCGCGUCAAGUCCUCUGUCCUGAGCAACGCCGGUGUCGGCAAGCUGAGCUCCAGCUCUUCCAAGCGCCAGUUCAAUGCUCCUCCCCAGGGUGCUCCUCGUGUGCCCAUUUUCUCCUCUGCUGGCCCCGGUGCUGCCCCUAGUGGCCCUCCUCCUUCGUGGACUUGGAAGACCAUCGGCACCAAGCCUACUCCUCCUCCCCAGCAGAGUGGUGGACCCAUCCCCAGCGGCUUCCCAACUCCCAGCGGCUUCCCUACCCCCAGUGGAUUCCCUCUACCCAGCGGUGGCCCUCAGCCGAGUGGCUUCCCUUCUUUCCCCGGUAGCCACGGUCACCACCAUCACCACGCUGGCAUGGGCUUCCCUCAGGGUAACUAA